AUGACCUGGCAGCAGCGGGCGGUGCGUGUCGCUUUCUACCUCUGGGUGUCCCUUCUGAACCUGGUGGGGAUGGCCACGCUCUGGGCCCGGGCCAGCGACGUUUUCACCCCGGAGGCCGGCACCCGGCUGUUUGGCGUGCUGGGACAGCUGGUGGCCUCCCUGCUGGCAGCGGGGGCGGCACGCCUCCCCGUGGUGGUGGUGGGCGGCGUGUCCCUGGUCCCCAUGCUCCUCUCCGUCUGCUGCCUGGAAGCUGCCGGGCAGCUGAUGUCGCGAGUCCAGCUCACAGCUGCCGCCGAGGACCUGGCGCGGCAGCGGCGGCAGGAGCCUGCUGAUCCCAGCACUGGGUUGACGCCCUGGGCCAGCCUCUUGCAGGGCAUCCGCGUCAUCAGAGGAUCUGGCUACCUGCAGCGCAUCUGCGUGUACGUGGUGUUCAACUACUUUGUCAGCAGCUUCUUCUACUUUGAGAAGACCAUCAUCGUGGCCCGCGUCCCGGAUGCAGGCGUGCGCACCACCUGGUUCGCCAUGAUCAACUCGGCCUCCGCCUCCUUCAUCCUGGUGCUGCAGCUGGCGGUCACGGGGCGCGUGAUGAGGGCGCUGGGCGCCUUGGCUGCAAAUAACAAGCCCUACCUGGACCAUGGCAUCGAGGUUGCCUACCGCUUUGCUGGAUUUGACCCCUUCGCUCGCAGCCAGUAUUUCGGCAUCAGCCUCGACUUGGGGCAGUUUGAGAGGUACCGCAGGAUAUUCUACACUCCUCUGUACAGGUUGAGCCUGAGACGUCGAGUGGGUGGCAGAUUCGAUGGAGCCUGGUUCACUGAGUCACUGAUCGCCGAGGGUUCCAGCAGGCAGACGCUGUAUGGCGUGAUCUGA